CGCGCGGGAGCGGGAGCGGCCCGGGGAACCGGAGCGCACCAUGGAGGCGGCGGCGGGCGGCCGCGGCGGCUUCCAGCCGCACCCGGGGCUGCAGAAGACGCUGGAGCAGUUCCACCUAAGCUCCAUGAGCUCGCUGGGCGGCCCGGCUGCCUUCUCGGCGCGCUGGGCGCAGGAGGCCUACAAGAAGGAGAGCGCCAAGGAGGCGGGCGCGGCCGCGGUGCCGGCGCCGGUGCCCGCGGCCGCCGAGCCGCCGCCCGUGCUGCACCUGCCCGCCAUCCAGCCGCCGCCGCCCGUGCUGCCCGGGCCCUUCUUCAUGCCGUCCGACCGCUCCACCGAGCGCUGCGAGACCGUGCUGGAGGGUGAGACCAUCUCGUGCUUCGUGGUGGGCGGCGAGAAGCGCCUGUGCCUGCCGCAGAUCCUCAACUCGGUGCUGCGCGACUUCUCACUGCAGCAGAUCAACUCGGUGUGCGAUGAGCUGCACAUCUACUGCUCGCGCUGCACGGCUGACCAGCUGGAGAUCCUCAAAGUCAUGGGCAUCCUGCCCUUCUCGGCGCCCUCGUGCGGGCUCAUCACCAAGACGGACGCCGAGCGCCUGUGCAACGCGCUGCUCUACGGCGGCGCCUACCCGCCGCCCUGCAAGAAGGAGCUGGCCGCCAGCCUGGCGCUGGGCCUGGAGCUCAGCGAGCGCAGCGUCCGCGUGUACCACGAGUGCUUCGGCAAGUGCAAGGGGCUGCUGGUGCCCGAGCUCUACAGUAGCCCAAGCGCCGCCUGCAUCCAGUGCCUCGACUGCCGCCUCAUGUACCCGCCGCACAAGUUCGUAGUGCACUCGCACAAGGCCCUGGAGAACCGGACCUGCCACUGGGGCUUCGACUCGGCCAACUGGCGGGCCUACAUCCUGCUGAGCCAGGACUACACGGGCAAGGAGGAGCAGGCUCGUCUGGGUCGCUGCCUGGACGACGUGAAGGAGAAGUUCGACUAUGGCAACAAGUACAAGCGGCGGGUGCCCCGGGUUUCCUCUGAGCCCCCGGCCUCCAUAAGACCCAAAACAGACGACGCCUCUUCCCAGUCCCCUGCGUCUUCUGAGAAGGACAAGCAGUCCAGCUGGCUGCGGACCCUGGCUGGUUCUUCCAAUAAGAGCCUUGGCUGUGUUCACCCUCGCCAGCGCCUCUCUGCGUUCCGACCCUGGUCCCCUGCAGUUUCAGCAAGUGAAAAGGAGCUCUCCCCGCACCUCCCGGCCCUGAUUCGAGACAGCUUUUACUCCUACAAGAGCUUUGAGACGGCCGUGGCCCCCAACGUGGCCCUCGCACCUCCAGCCCAGCAGAAGGUGGUGCACAGCCCAGCAUGUGCUGCCGUCGUCUCCCGGGCCCCGGAGCCUCUCGCCACCUGCAUCCAGCCACGGAAGCGGAAGCUGACGGUGGACACCCCAGGAGCCCCCGAGACGCUGGUGCCCGUAGCCGCCCCCGAGGAGGACAAGGACUCGGAAGCGGAGGUUGAAGUUGAAAGCAGAGAGGAAUUCACCUCCUCCUUGUCCUCGCUCUCUUCCCCGUCCUUCACUUCGUCCAGCUCUGCCAAGGACCUGAGCUCCCCCGGCGUGCACGCCCCACCCACCGUCGCCCCCGACGCGGCGGCCCCGGCCGAGGCCCCGAGCGGGCUGGAGGCUGAGCUGGAGCACCUGCGGCAGGCGCUGGAGGGCGGCCUGGACAGCAAGGAAGCCAAAGAGAAGUUCCUGCACGAGGUGGUCAAGAUGCGCGUGAAGCAGGAGGAGAAGCUGAACGCGGCCCUGCAGGCCAAGCGCAGCCUCCACCAGGAGCUGGAGUUCCUGCGCGUGGCCAAGAAGGAGAAGCUGCGGGAAGCCACGGAGGCCAAGCGCAACCUGCGGAAGGAGAUCGAGCGUCUCCGCGCCGAGAAUGAGAAGAAGAUGAAGGAAGCCAACGAGUCGCGGAUGCGCCUGAAGCGGGAGCUGGACCAGGCGCGGCAGGCCCGGGUGUGCGACAAGGGCUGCGAGGCCGGCCGCCUGCGCGCCAAAUACUCGGCGCAGAUUGAGGACCUGCAGGUGAAGCUGCAGCACGCGGAGGCCGACCGUGAGCAGCUGCGAGCCGACCUGCUGCGGGAGCGGGAGGCCCGCGAGCACCUGGAGAAGGUGGUGAAGGAGCUGCAGGAGCAGCUGUGGCCGCGGCCCCGCCCCGAGCCCACGGGCAGCGACGGCGCCGCCGAGCUGGAGCCCUAGCGACCCUGUGUCCGCCGCGGCGCUGACGGCCACGCGGUGCAGGGAGCCGCCGCUCACAGCACAACGUCUUACUGUGCCUAUUACCAAGCGAGUGUUUGUAACCACAUACUUUUGAAAUCCACUGCAAAAUUUUCUACUGGCCAAGUUCAAGUGAGCGAGCCGCGUCCCCACUGCAGCCGGAGACGGGGGCACUUGGCAGCUGUGGCUGGUCCUCUGCUUGCUGGAACGUUCUAACAUUCACACUUUUGUUAUAAGCUAUUUAAAACCAAUAAGGAGACUUGGUAUUCAGAAAACCAACACGUUUUUUAGUGACUAACUUUUAAAAGCCCCAAUACAUGACACCAUCUGAAGACCGAGGGCGCUUGCCCGCCCCGGGAAGCCAUCCCAGCUCAUCUGUGCCCGCGGCUGCGAGAGGACGGCAGGGGUUUUUCUUCAGAGUCUAUUUUUUCAGCGACAAGGACCCAGGUCUUCCCGCUGCUGCCAAGGAGAGUGGGGGGAGUGCCGCGUGCAAGAUGAGCCCAAACACUGCCCGCCUUACCGACGCCCACCUGGCCGGCGCGGGGCAGGGGAGCCCCACGGGGACUGUCCACCUCGGGAGGGCUCCGGCCCCGGCCCCCAGGCUCCGGCCGCCCUCCUCCGCAGGUGCUGACCUGCGUCAGGGUGAACACGGCCAGCCCGCAGGCCCUCAGCCCCUCCGGGGACGCUGCUCAAUCACAGCGACCCCUUCUCAGUCUGGCAAAUGUUGCUCCUUUCAUUUUGGGACUGAGGCUGCAGCAUUGGAACAAAACAGCAUUAUAUCAUUUUUUAUUUUUAUUUUUGUUCAUUUAAACGUAUAUUUAGAACUGCACUUUGUCAAAAAUCUUCCCUUCUCUUUUUAUUCCCCAGUUGACUGAGGUUUUUACCGAUUUAUAGAGCAGUUCAAAUCCUAAGUGCUCGAGUGCUUAGAAAUCCCCUCUGGUGCUUGGUUGAACAAGGGAAUCACAAGAAAACGAAAUGCAAAAACUGAACUUCGGGGGUCGUUCUGUGCCUUCCAGCAUCUUGUACAGCAAAUCCUGACUCGUGUCUUUUUACCCCCAAAAUACCUGUCUUCAGUAGCGAUCGAACCUGCCACUAUCAAAAUAAGUUACUUGCAUUUAUUCCAAAUAAUCUCGUUUACUCUCAACUGUUUAUGCAAAUUGUAUAAGGUUUCUUAUGCCCAAGCUUGAAAAAUGAUUUCCCAGUAGACAAGAGGCGGCUACCCAUCCUAAAAUUAUGGUAUUUAUUUACAUAAGAAAGGUCUUACAGGAAUACUUUGCUUGAAUCCGUUCUAACACCCGCGGCAGCUGUGCAGCUCGUGCAGGUGUGAACGACCUCAAGGCCUCGUGACCACCGGCAGCAGGAGCAAAGACCGGAGACUGCUAAGCCCUUACGUUUGGGUGACUAAGUUGUCUGCAGGGUUUUGCCCUUGGUUUACUGAGGGGGGCUCGGUGGCAGCUGGCCCUCCCUUCUAAAGUGCAAUGCAAAAGGGACAUCAUGUAUAUGCAGCGUUUGUUUGGGAAUUUUUUUCUUUUGCUUUUGUUUUCUUUUGCAGUUACUAAUCUGUAUGCAUGGGAUUUUACACCUCUGCCAUAGGUAGACCCAUCGAUGGGCAUUAUUACCGUGUGUUGUAAAGGGUCGGUUUUGUUACGCAACACGCAGAAUGCUGUUGUUAGCCUUGUUUUUUCCAGAGUUGUGUUUUUUCAGUCAUUUCUUCAAGGGAAACUAAAUGAUUUAGUUGGAGCAAAGCUUUACGUGUGUUGGUGUGCUUCUGUGUGACUGUCUUAUGUCGCCAAGUCUGAAAAUCACAGCCAGGCCCCUGCCGCGGGGCUGCCCAGUUCGCUCUGUUUGCUUCUGAGGUUUUCGGCUCCAGAGGGAGAUGAACUUCUGUAAGUUGUGUCUGGGGGCAAAGCCGCUCCUGCCCUCACCCGUCCCCUCUGGUCACCACUGGGUCCACAUCUCCAGUGGCUCUGCUUUGUCCCCUAACAUUGGGAAGAGCUGUGUCUGCAGCAGAAACUCUUCCCCAAGGGCCAGGUGGACUUCGGCCCUGGGAAGGUCCUCAUGCUCUCAACCCGUUCGUCCCCCCUGGGCCUGCCCCGCCCACCCCUUCCACACUUUCCUUCAGCCCCCUGGCCCUGGCCAGCCCCGGAAACCCAGGCCCUGCCGUCAGUGGGAACCAGGCACAGGCAGGCUCCCCGUCACCAGCAGCUCGCGCUCCCUGGCAGUUCCUGUCACUUCCUUCCCUCUGGGCUCCGCGGGGCCCCUUCCUUGGUCAAUGUCUGCAGGGGCACUGGGGGUGUCCCACCGCGUCAUGUCCAUCCUCGGGGGCUUGAGCCUGAGGGCCAGUGCAGCUGCAGCCUAGGUGGUCUUCAGGAAACGGGAGAAGAGGUGCUCAUCGCGCAGGCUGUUGACUCUCCCUGUAUGUGAAAUCCAUAUGGAAACGCUGUGUGUUCGGUUUAGUUAUGCAUCAUUUCUAUACUGAAAGGAGACCUUUCACGAAGGGACUAAACAGCAGCAAUAACAUUCAUGUCUACGGAGCAGCUAACUCUCACACGAUACUCUGCCUUUCGUACAGGACUAGCCAGUGCAGGACAGUUACCGUGUAAAUACCUUUUUCAUUUUACGCCGUUUGUAUUAUACGUGGAUAUGGUGGUUCCUUUUUCAGAAACUCUUUUUCUUACCUGGUAGUUGUCUCGUUCUCUGGGUUGUUUUUAACAACCGGAGGAACAAUCGCGCUCAUCCUCCAGAGGGGACGGCGAAGCCCCUUUUGCCAGUUUCCGUGGUGACGGCUUCCCCCGUGGGCGCCCGGCCGCCACCGAGGACUUUCCGCCCAGGCUCGCCGACCCCACUCCCGCCCCGCUCCGCUCUCCGUCCAGCAGGUCGGGGGAGGCGUUUUCAUUGUUGCUUUAAGUCAGGAGUCACAAGUGACAUUUUUUUUUCAAGUAAGGAAAAAAAGAACCCACCUCUACCUUCACAGCCACCCGGAGUCCUGUGUCCCGUCCCUGUGUCGAUGCUGCUGCUAAUGACAAUACGACGGCUUACUCUGCUAUCUGAAAGCUAUUUUUAUGUAAUUAAUGUAUGCUUUCUUGUUUAUAAAUGCCUGAUUUGAAAAGAAAAAAGAGAAAAAGCUUGGCAUAUUUAUCUAUUCCGCUGUGUACCUGUUAGUCCUUUUGCCCCCGAAACAGAUGACGUUGUACAAUA